GCCGCAGGCCGCCCAGCGUUCUCGAGCUGUCCGCGAGCGGCGGCGCGGACGAGCCGCUGGGACCGGCCAGGCCGAGACCAUGGACCGCUUCGUGUGGACCAGCGGCCUCCUGGAGAUCAACGAGACCCUGGUGAUCCAGCAGCGCGGGGUGCGCAUCUACGAUGGCGAGGAGAAGAUAAAAUUUGACGCGGGGACCCUCCUUCUUAGUACGCACCGGCUGAUUUGGAGAGAUCAGAAAAAUCAUGAGUGCUGCAUGGCCGUUCCGCUCGCGCAGGUCGUGUUCAUCGAAGAGCAGGCGGCGGGCAUUGGGAAGAGUGCCAAAAUUGUGGUUCAUUUGCAUCCCGCUCCUGCUAACAAAGAGCCAGGCCCCUUCCAGAGCAGCAGGAACUCCUACAUCAAACUCUCCUUCAAGGAGCACGGCCAGAUCGAGUUUUACAGGCGUUUGUCGGAGGAAAUGACGCAGAGACGGUGGGAGACCAUGCCGGCGCCCCAGUCCUUCCAGGCCAGCCGCGGACCCCAGCCAGGAAGAAUAAGGGCUGUAGGAAUUGUAGGCAUUGAAAGGAAGCUGGAAGAAAAAAGAAAAGAAACCGACAAAAACAUUUCCGAGGCCUUUGAAGACCUCAGCAAGCUAAUGGUCAAGGCCAAGGACAUGGUGGAGCUCUCCAAGUCCAUUGCGAACAAGAUCAAAGACAAGCAAGGCGACAUCACAGAGGACGAGACCAUCAGGUUCAAGUCCUAUUUGCUGAGCAUGGGAAUAGCCAACCCAGUUACCAGGGAAACCUGCGGCUCAGGCACUCAGUACCACAUGCAGCUGGCCAAGCAGCUGGCUGGGAUACUGCAGGCACCUCUGGAGGAGCGAGGGGGCAUCAUGUCGCUCACGGAGGUGUACUGCCUAGUGAACAGAGCCCGCGGGAUGGAGUUGCUCUCGCCAGAAGACUUGGUGAACGCAUGCAAGAUGCUGGAGGCCCUGAAGUUACCUCUCAGGUCUCAGGCUGCGGGUGUUCGACAGCGGCGUCAUGGUCAUCGAGCUCCAGUCCCACAAGGAAGAGGAAAUGGUGGCCUCGGCCCUGGAGACGCAGGUUUCAGAGAAGGGGUCCCUAACGUCAGAAGAGUUUGCCAAGCUGGUGGGCAUGUCUGUCCUCCUGGCUAAAGAAAGGUUGCUUCUCGCAGAGAAGAUGGGCCAUCUUUGCCGGGACGACUCCGUGGAAGGCUUACGGUUUUACCCGAAUUUAUUCAUGACACAGAGCUAAGGGAUUUUCGUAUUUUAUACACUCAGAAUCCACCGGAGCUCUGCAGGACAACGUAAAACGCUUUUAAUUUCUCCCUAAAUAUUACGGUCUCGGAAGCUGAUUUAGGGCAAGUCUAGGAAAAUACAGAACAAUGGAUGCCAAUGUGAAUUCGAAAUCAUGCCACAGCUGUCUCGAACCCUCACGGUUUACCUUGAAAUACGGUGGAUUUUGUCUUGACCUUCAGACCUCACCAUUCUCUAAAGAAAGGAAUUUGGUUCAUGGGGGAAGAAAAAGAAACGCGUGUCUGGACAGGUUAGGUUGUUAUUUCGGUGUGACUAAAACGCACUGGCUUGUAAAUAAGUGCAGUUUGUCUGUGUCUAAUGUGCCCCUAUUGGGGGGUUUCCACGAAGCGAGCCCCGCCGCCGUGCCCUUCGAGGACCCACCGACGUUGGGGCAGAGCGUCCGCGUGCACAGCGCCACCCGAGGCCGCUGCCGGGGGCCCUCCGCCAUGGGGGUCUCGGCGGCUCUCCCCAGACCCAGUGAAGCACCUUACAAGUGGAGGGAAUUUUAUUCCACUUGCGUAGGUAUUAUCUGACUCAUUUUUUUUUUUCCAAGCGGUGGUUUCAUGCCUGGCAUGUAAAGAAUGCAACUAUGUCAUUUUGUUAAAGAACGCUGUGCAUUUUGAAGCUGAAUUAAAGAGCUGUGUGGGCAUGCCCGGAGUUACGACUGCAGCUUUGGGAAGCAGAUGGCUCAGGAAGUCCCUAGGACCGUGUGUGGGUGCAGGGGCUGGGAGAAGCUUUGACCAGUGUGGGGACUUUGGUGCCCUUUGACCUCAAGGCCAAGGCAUAGGAGUGGAGAAGUGAUGUCUCCUUUUCCUUUCCUCAAGGAGUUUCCACCCUGAACUUGUAAAAAUCUUGCUAUCAUAUUCUAGCAAUUAGUUUUUCCUCACCCCAUACAUAAUACGUCUUGUGGAGAAACUUUCCAGCUGAAAAAUAACUACGGAGGUGACAGAAACUGGCCCACAUUGAGUUUAGGUGGCUCGGGUGUUCCCGUGGCCUCCCUGACUUCCUGUGUCUGGCUGUACAGCUCACGGUUCGUGGAGUGCACCUCCAACUCGGGGGCCCGACAGCCACCAAAAGGACCCUCCUCCUGAGACUGAGUCACGGGGACUGGACUGAUGGGUUUUGGCCAAGUCUCUGGAGGGACGGGCUCUGUGUGGAGGGAACCAUUGAGAGCCGGAGGAGGCGGUCCCCAGUGUCACCCCCUGGGGUCCCUGAGAUGUCCUCACUAAGUGAAGAGGCUGCUCCAGGUGCCUGCUGGGAGGGGUCCCCCUAGGAGCAGCCAGAGUCCAUCCCUGAUCCCACCGGAAAGUGGCCGAGGCCGCCACACCUCCUCCAGUGUCUCGGGAAUGUGCUGGCUGAGGCGUCCUGCCCCGGGCUUCACUCGGCAGACCCGCAGCCGAUGCUGCGUGGUAACCGGUGACUGAUGCUGUUUGGGGGAAAGUUCAGGGUCCGGCUGCCCAAGUCUUUUGGGACUGUCUGGCCAUAGUGGAAACUUGUUUGCAUGUUCCCCCCACCCCUCCCCCCUGGUCUCUGGGCUGCGGAACUGAGACUGUUUGAGCCACUGGAUGCAGCGCUAGCCGUGCGGACUCCUGACAGCAAACUCCCACGGUUCAGCACGCGUGCUCACAUUAGCGCAGCAACGCGCCAGCAAGCACGGAGCAAUCCGGAUUGUGCAAAGUGAACUACAGCGGCUGUGAAGUGGCAUAUGACUAUAUUUUGCAAAAAAAAAAUUUAAAAACAAAUAUGAUUGCUUUCAUUGCUUUAUUUUGAAAGUGGGCAUUCUUCACUCUUUCCAGACCUCAGUAUAUAUAUUUUUAUCUUUUCUUUUUGGUCCUCUGUUGAUAGAGGUUAUGUUAAAUGCAAUCAAUUGGGCGCUAAGUACAAAAAAGUUCUGUCUUGGUGCUUGUAACAAUAUAAUGGUUGUUUUUAUUUUCCUAACCUUGCUCUUGGGAGCAUCGAUCUGUAGCUUUAUGGUAGUGGAAUAUUUCUCAGCACAUACUGUCAAGAAGAUUUUACACUGUACAACUGAAGAUUGUUUUCAAGGUUAAAUGACUGAUAUUAAUGUAUAUAGAGUUAUUGCAAAAUUUAAAAAUGAUUUUUCUUAACUUGGUGUCUUUUUAAAUACUCCUUGAAAAAAUAUAUGAAAAUGAUAAACCUUUCGUCAGAGUAAGCCAGUGUUUGGUACAAUGUGUUCUUUUAGACGUAUAAUCAAGAGUCGAUUAUAAAUAUCAAUGACCUCAAGCUCUCACUAGCUCAGUGGUUUGAAAAGCAUGGCAGGCGGCUCCGGAACUGUUUGUUUUAAGUCGUGGAUGUGAUUCCACCGCCGACCAGCCAGGUGUGUUCCGUGAAUGCACUCCGCCCUCCCCACUGGCGCCGGACCGCGGUGACCAGAUGGGAAUCCGGGUCAUCGUGCCCAGCCCCUUAACAUGGUGCUUCUUCGUCCAGCCAUCUCAGAGCUUCCGUUGUGGUGCAGUAGAGUCGCAGCUCACAAGGUGGCUAGGCUUUGAACGCUGUGCCUAAGUAUAAAAUCGGACAUGCUCAAAAUGAUCCUGAAAACCUCUUACAUUGCCAAUAAAGUUCUACGUGCAGUCUUACUUACAUCAGAGUUCCUAUAGCAGUGCAUGGGCAUGAAUAUUUUAUGAAUUUAGUACGUACGAUGUGUAAUAAAAACUACAUAUCAACAAGAGGCUUGUAGAGCCCCAAUAAUUAAACUCCUUAAAUGUGUGUGUCUCUUUUUCAGCUGGUAGGUAAGGUUGAAUUUAUGUAAGUCUAUCGCUAAUCCGAUCUCUCACGACAGAUCUGGAGUAGACGCUCCAUGGGGGCAGAGAUUUUUGCCCGUUCACGGAUACAUUCUCAGAGCCUGGAGCAGGGCCUGACACACGGCAUGCACUUAAUAAAUGUGUAUUGAGUGAAUGGACUCUGAUGUGUUUACCCGUUAUAAGUUUGGCUUCACUUCCUCCUACUUUAUCUCCCAUUGAAUUCAAUUAAAAAAUAGAUUCCUUA